AUGGCGCGCACGCUGCGCCGCGAAGACUACACGGUGGGAUGGGUGUGCGCGCUACCGCUCGAGCUGGCGGCAGCACAGGAGAUGCUCAACGAGGAGCACCCCGACCUCGAGCGCGACCUUGAUGACAACGACGAGAACCUGUACGCUGGGCUCGAUGGGCGGCCACAACGUCGCCAUCCAUCAGUGGCGACGCAGAUGCGAGCGACAUUCAAGAAGAUUCGGUUCAGGCUGAUGGUGGGCAUCGGCGACGGCGUGCCGAGCGCUGAGGCAGACGUGCGGCUGGGAGAUGUGGUGAUCAGCCAGCCGCACCAACGUCGUCUAGGAGCUGAAGACACGCGCAACGCCUGCGAGAUGGAGGCGCAGUCAACGCUACUUUACAAUCGCAUGCAAAAAUAUUAG